UUCAGUUUUACUAUGACCGUCGUCGAGGUCACGAGAAAACCUCAUUAUUAAUCAAAGUUUUUUUAUUCACAAAAUUUCACGUCAAGUUUUUCCAUACGAAUUUUUUACAUUGUUGUUUCUGUCUCAACGUCUACAACCAUGGAAUUUCGAACCUUCAUUAUGAUAGUCCUGUGUGGCUUUACAUAUGGAGCUGAGAAUACAGAAAAGGAAAAAGGUUCAAAAUCACCCGCACUGAACACAAUUGUUCAGGAAGAUGAACCACCGGAAGGUUACUAUGCUUUUGUUGAAUCACCAAAUGCAGAACCACCAAAAGUUAAACCUCCACCUUAUAUUGACAGUGAUAAGGAAUGUCACGAUACUGGAAAACAGGGUAAAGGAUACGUAUCAAUUCACAAUAUUUGUGGAGAUCUCAAUAAAGGAUACAUCCCUCGAAAUCCUAUGAAACAAAAUUUCAAAGGAUCGUCGUAUCCCUUUGAAUUAAUACGAAAUCACACCUUAAAAUUCUUAAGUAAAGCUCUACCAAUACUCAAAGCUGAUGAUUCACUGCCAAAAGUUGCUAAAGUGCAACCUUAUUCUCAAAAUUCAGUUGAUACGAACGAGAAAAGAAGUAGAAGUAAACGAGCCGUAAAUUCAGAAACUAAAGUGGAAAACCGUACAGGAAGGAAAUUGUGUGAAAACCAAAGUGGAGUAAUGUGUAUGUUAUACAAAGCUAUUCAAGGAGAGUCACUUACACCUGCAGCUGCCGAAAGACGAGAUGAAAUACCACCAUCUGAAUAUUAUCAAAGAGAACGACCUACACCUCAAGAGAAACCUGAAUACACAGGACCUCCAACGCCUUGUCCUGCAAAAGUUGAAUAUGCGACACCCGUUUUUGCCAAAAAUUAUCAAGGAGUUUGGCGUUAUGUUGUACAAAUUCCUUAUGAAGGCUAUUUCACUCAGACUAUUGAAGUUACAAGAUGCAUGCAAUCGCGAUGUCACUACUUAGAUGGUGGAUGCUUGUCAUCUCCUAGAUGGACGAGUUUACUUGUGGCUGAAAUUUUUUACCCAGAUACAUUUUUAGAAGAAAAUCAAAAUAAUCGAUUCCCUGGACCAAGAGACCCUGUCACUGGGUCUCCACCUCCAGUUUACGAUUUCCAAAACUACCAACAAUAUUUGCAAAAACGUGCUGGGGAAAAUGAAGGUCGAAGCAGUUCAGCAUCUCAACCACAUAAUUGCGAUGGAGUCGAUGAAAUGGGCUGCUUUCAGGUCCGACUUUACUACGAUUGGUUUUUGGUACCCGGAAGUUGUAAAUGCUGGCGUCCCGACUAUUUUAAUCGUUACGUACGUCGAAGUAGUCAAAAUACUGAAUUAUAAAAAUAUUCAUAAUUUAAUAUCCAUUGCCGUCAUCACUUUCCAUGAAACGUUCAUCAAAUUCUCAAGAGACUUCGAAAACAGAUAAUUUUUUUUUUAAUUUCAGAACUAUUGUCCUCUCAUACAAAAAGUAUUUUAAUUAUAUUCUAUAUAAAUAUAUGUACUGACGCGAUAAAAUAAUUAAUAUUAAUAUACUUAAGUGAUUUUAUACGACAAUAAUUUUAAUAAUUUCUGGACACAAGAUUUUUAUUGACAGACUGACUGAUAAAAGGCAUUAUAGAAAAGAAAUUAUAUUUGUUAGAAUUAAUAAUUUAUAAGUUUGUAAUAACAUCGUUUUCGAAGAAAACUGUCCAUG